AUGUUGAUCAGCGGAAUCUCAGCAACACAGUCAACAGUGGAAUGUGUCAAUAAUGGGUUGAGAAUUCAUGGAACCGUGGAAUCUGAAGAGGUGAUUCAGUUGAACUCAAUUCAAAGAGAAGGAAGCUUGAGGAUUACAAACAACAAGACUACAAUUCGAGACAUCCGAGUUCAACUCAUUGAAAUCCAACUUCAUUGUUUCAAAGAAACCAUUGUUUUUACUCAGGACGUAGAAGUCAAAGCCCAUACUCCAAGGGUACAACGGAUUGAGGGUACAAUGACUCUUAGGGUACCAUGA